AUGGAUGACGCGUCGACUCAGGCAUGCCCGACUCCUUCAACCAUUGGCCCAUUAUCCCCUAUUUCCGCUCCUUCUCAGCUACAAAUCUUACCGCAGUCAAACCCUCCACCAAUUGACACUUCCAAAUGGCCUCUGCUACUCAAGAAUUAUGGCAGAUUGCACGUUAGGACAGGUCACUAUACUCCACUCCCCUAUGGAUCGUCUCCACUGAAUAGACCCCUUACGGAAUAUAUAAAGUAUGGUUUUAUAAACGUGGACAAGCCUUCAAAUCCAUCAUCACACGAAGUUGUUGCUUGGAUUAAACGUAUAUUGAAAUGUGAAAAAACGGGGCAUUCUGGGACCCUAGAUCCAAAAGUUACUGGAGUACUGUUGGUUUGUUUGAACAGAGCAACCAGACUAGUCAAAUCGCAACAAUCAGAAGGUAAAGAAUAUGUAGGUGUGGUAAGGUUUCACGGGAAGGUAGAAUCAAAAAAUGCUAUUGAAAAAGCUUUAGAAACACUCACAGGAGCCUGUUUCCAAAGGCCGCCUUUAAUCUGUGCAGUGAAGAGGCAGUUACGUAUAAGGACUAUUUAUGAAACUAAACUAUUGGAUUAUGAUCAAGAAAGGGAUUUGGCCGCUUUCUGGAUCAAAUGUGAAGCAGGUACCUAUGUCAGAACCUUUUGUGUUCACCUUGGAUUACUUAUUGGUGUAGGCGCCCACAUGCAAGAGUUGAGACGAAUUAAAUCUGGCCAUUUAUCCGAAGAUGACAAUAUGGUUACUCUCCACGAAAUUCUCGAUGCCAAUUACAUAUACCAAAAAACGAACGAUGAAACUUACCUUCGUGCCAUUAUAUCACCUCUAGAAGGGCUUUUAACAAAAUUGCCUAGAUUAGUGGUUAAAGAUAGUUGUGUCAAUGCUGUUUGUUAUGGCGCCAAAUUGAUGAUACCGGGGCUUUUGCGGUUUGAAGAUGGGAUAGAAUUAAAUUCUACGGUAGUCAUGAUGACUACAAAGGGAGAGGCCAUUGCUUUGGGCGUUGCCCAAAUGCCAACCGCUGUGAUAUGUUCUGUAGAUCAUGGCGUAGUGGCCCUGGUGAAAAGGGUCAUUAUGGAUCGAGAUACCUACCCUACACGUUGGGGCCAUGGACCCAGAGCCACUGAAAAGAAGAAAAUGAUAUUGGCUGGGCUUUUGGAUUCACACGGCAGACCCAACGCCCAGACUCCACAUCAGUGGCUGAGAUCAGAAGGAUUUUUACCGCCCCUUUCCAGUGAAAAUGAUGAAUCAUCGACAUCCACACUACAGAGUGAAAAGAGACAGAGGUUGGUUGGCGAUACAGAUUGUAACUAA